UGGCGCGCCCGCCACAUCAAAAUUGUUUCUGUGACCGUGUUAAACACACCGUAGAUAUAUAUAUAGUAAAAUGGCAGAAAACACUUAAAUACACAUAUCAAAAUAAACAUCCACCCACAGUAAAUGAACAAUAGCCAAACAACCAGCAACAGCUGACGCAAUCUGAUGCAACAUUACACAAUUGCAAUUUCAUCAAACAUUGCAAACAACAAAACAAAAAACGCACAGUUUAAAAAUUAUAGCGAAACUGGUUUGUUCGCUUCAGCGGAUAUUACAAAAAUUGCGAAAUAAUGGCUGCAUUUUUAAGCCUUUUCGAUCCCAAUCAAGAUGAUGGAUUUGUGGAAGAGCCGGAACUGAAUGGCAAUUGCAGUGCCGGAAGCAGUGGCAGUGACUACGAAAUGGAUUUGAAUGCCAAUGAAUGCCAGGAUGCUGGUGGUCGUAGUGGAAGCAUUGCCCAUACCCAUGCCCGGCGACACUUAAUCUUUGACUUUGAACAGGGUGCCUUGCCACCAGAGCCUCAGCUGGGAAAUGUGGAGUACAAAUUGAAACUGGUGAAUCCUUCAAGGCAGCGUUUCGAGCAUUUGGUAACACAAAUGAAAUGGCGUCUACGGGAGGGCAAUGGUGAGGCCAUCUAUGAGAUUGGUGUCUCGGAUGAGGGCUUCCUGCAGGGUCUAAGCGAAAAGGAUAUGAAUGCCUCACUGACAACCCUUAAGGAAAUGGCCCACCAGCUCGGAGCUAGCACAUCUGUUCUCAGGCGAAAGACGAUUGCUAGUCGGCGACUUGUGGCAGAAGUUUUAGUCCGUAAAAUACCCGACGAUCAGCACAAUAUUGAGGUGCGAGUUGCUGUGCUGGGCGGAGCUGAUGCCGGCAAAUCCACACUGUUAGGCGUACUUACACAAGAUGAGCUGGACAAUGGACACGGGCGGGCGCGUCUUAAUAUGUUUCGGCAUAUGCACGAGAUACAGUCGGGUCGAACAUCCUGCAUAUCACAUGAGACCCUGGGCUUCGACUCGCUUGGCAAGGUGGUUAACUACAAAUACAACGAAAUGAUGACGGCAGAGGAGAUAAGUGACCGCUCUAGCAAGCUGGUCACAUUCAUGGAUUUGGCUGGACAUCGACGCUAUAUGCGCACCACAGUUCAGGCACUUAGCGGCUACUCACCUCAUUAUGCCAUGCUUGUGGUCUCAGCGGGCAGCGGAUGCAACGACUCUACCGAAGAACAUUUGGCCAUUGUGCGUGCCCUUGAUAUGCCAUUCUUUAUACUGAUCACCAAAACAGAUAUUACAUCGCCGGAUGCUACCAUUCAGGAACUGCGGCUGCUACUCACGUCGAUUGGCUGCCGUAAGGUUCCUUUCGUUGUCACAAAUACAGAUGAGGCCAUUUCGGCGGCAUCGAAUCAACUGUCCGAGAAUAUUGUGCCCAUCUUUUGUGUAUCCAAUGUCAGCGGUGUGGGCCUAAACCUAGUCACCAAGUUCUUGUAUGUACUCUCACCGGGCAUAAGCAAUGCAGAGAAGGAGCGUCUCGAACAGGAACCAUGCGAGUUCCAAAUCGAUGAAAUCUUUCGAGUCACGGAUGUGGGACCUGUGGUCGGAGGUCUACUGGUUCAGGGAGUUCUACCCGAAAAUAUACCUAUGAAAAUCGGUCCAUUGCCAGAUGGUAGUUUUCAUCCAGUAUAUGUGAAUACAGUACAUCGAAAUAAAGCUCCUUGCCGAGUGGUUCGUGCCGGUCAAAGUGCGUCGCUAUCGUUCACACCUGAUCAGGAUUUGCCAUCGCUGCGCAGUGGCAUGGUAUUGCUUGGCUAUACGAGCCACAAUCCAGCCGAUGAGCCCUACGGCACAUACUUUUUUCAGGCAAAGGUAUCGGUGCUCUACCAUGCGACGUCCAUAUUCGUUGGCUUCCAGACUACAGUACACAUUGGCAGCAUUCGGCAGACAGCCGUUAUCCGGGGUAUAAUGGGUGGCGAGAAACUGGGCACAAACGAUUGCGCUUCGGUGAUGUUCGAAUUUGUAUGUCAUCCGGAGUAUGUGCGUCCUGGCAUGCGUAUUCUGUUCCGUGAGGGCAGCAGCAAAGGCAUUGGCGUUGUCACGCAAGUGUUUCCAAUCAAUAAGACGCGAGCGAAAUGAGUUUUCCAUCAUAGGAACGGGACACUAGCUUAAUACCUCUUAGAUUUAGCUUAAAGAGCAAUAUAUCUCAGACAUCCAAUCGAUGUACAUGUACAUACAUAUAUACUGAAAAAACUUAGAGGUUUAAAGAUAUUUUUCGCGACCUUUGUUUAGGGUACUGUGAUUUUCCGUUUAAGCUCAACUCACUCUAUAUAUUGAUAUAUAUACAUAUUUAUCUGUAAUCCAAUUGA